AUGAUAAAAUUCAGAUAUAAUUUAUCAAAUGUUUUAGCUUUUUCAAGAUGCUAACCCUUUCAAUUUAUAAAUUAAUCAAAAUUUGGAUUUUCAAAUGAGGAAAAAGAAAAAGGAGAAUUUGCAGAAAAAGAAUAAACAAACUUAGAAAAAUAAAAGACCUCAAAAAAAUAAGGGUAUGUUGCCAAAAUGAGAGAGGAAGUUAUUACAAAUGCAAUUGUAGCAUCUUUGAAAGAGAAAAGUAAGAUGAAGGCAAAAGAAGAAUACAGAGCAGCCAUUUUAUUUGAAGAAAUUCUAAAUAGAGAAGUCGAUAUUAAUUUGUAUGACACUAAGGGUAGAGCCUAUAUAAUCUCUACAUUAUGGAACAUUUUUUGGGUGACUUUUGCUGGUUUGGGAUUGUAUACUGUAUUCAGGGAUGAGUAAUGGUAUAAAAAAAACAUGGAAAUCUUCAAAGUUGCCAUAACCACAGGAUUCAUAUUCACUAGAAUAAUAAAAUAGAGAUAAUUUUAUAAAUAUUAAGUAGAAAAAGUGAUUUAUAAUACUAAAUCUAAAUAAUUUACAAUAACAAAAAGAAACAUUGUUGGGAUUAAGAAGGAUUAGGUAGUGCAAAAAGAUCAUAUACUAUAUACAUCAGACAAAGACUUAAAUUUCAAAAAGAUAAACUAUAUCAACAUCAAUACUUUAGAAUGUUAUGGAAUUGGGUUUGAUUACGCUUGGCUGAAGAAAGAUUUGUUUUCUCAUUUGAUUUAGUAAAAUAUAUCUUGA